CACAAGAAAAACGGAGUAAAAACGGAAUCACGCUGCGAGACCCAUGAUGCCCGAAGAAAUCCUCAAGAAAAUUCCCGCAAUUACCGCGCCAAAAUAUGCAAGUUUCCAAUUCAAAAGCGAUCCCAUUGAAGUGAACAAAAUUAGCCAAAAAUCUUGCCCUGCUCAUUCCUGCACGAAGCCAUUCGUGAGAGAAAAUUGACAAUGACCGAAAAAUGCUUAAUAGCAGCCUCAUUAGCAGCUCUGGUUUUUCAUCCUAGAUCGUCCGUCAAGUGUUUCAAACCCAAACCUGAUCCUGACAGCACCAUUAGUACUACCCAACGAAAGCAUAAACCAGCCAAGAAAAAACACAACACCCCACCCAAGCCUCCUUGCAAGCAAUCCAAACCUAAAGCUGAAGCCCCUGCUACCUCUUCUAUCGCAAGAAAUUGUUUCACGUUCUAACCAACUCACAGAGCUCCUGGAAGGGGAUUGGCCUGUUGAUAUUGUGGCAGCCAUGUUUCGUGCUGGGUGGCCUCUCGAGGAAACGGUAGUGAUAAAGAAAAUACUCAAGGUCAAUCACUCUCCGGAUCUUCUCGCCAAAUUUGAAGAAUACAGAGAGGGAGUGAAGUCGAAGUCAGGGACAAUCUGUGAAUCCGAGAGAACCCAUAAACUGGUGGUCGAUGGGAAUGAACUCGUGCGGUUUCAGGGUGCGCUUAUCACUUGUUCUUUGGGGAGAAACAGUGCAUCUCUGGGCAUUUGCUCGAACAGAUGGUGUGCGGUUUGUAGGAUGGUGAGCUCUACGUUGCCGGUGAAGGACGUUUCCGUGACGUUACAUGAAAAUAGUUGGAGGGCACACGGGAAGAUAGGUGGAGGCUCUGCAGGAGAUUGGGUCUCCGCGAGAACUGCCUCUGUAUUAUGCAGAGUGAUUGCGGGGCGGAUUGCCAAUUUCCAUGAACUUGGGGUCACAAAUGCAAAGGAGGGGGUUUUGAUUCAGUGGUAUCUCAACCCGGUGUGAAUCAGAGGUGUCAGAGGAACUCGUGGCUUUGAAUCAGAGAGCAAUCCUUCCCUGUUUUGUUGUCAUAUACAGAGCCAGUCGAUCCGUAGAUUGCAGGACAAGGUGGUGAUUCGGUGCUUGACAUUUUAAUUGAAGAUUUAUUGUCAUUUCUUGAUUAGUAGCCGCCUAGCUGGGAAUGCAAGGAGAUUAUCGCAAAAAAAUAAGUAAACUUUCUGGAGACCUCUUAUUCGAGAUAAUAUUAGAAUGCAGUUUCGUAUGAAAAA